AUGAAGGGAAGUGCGCAUCAACAGGAACUGACAGACGCCAUCGAGGAGAUGAAGAACAAAGCCCUGCAAUUAAGAGAAGAGGCGAAUCUUUGCCUGCAACGAAGAAUUGCCGAGAUGGAUCGGAAAAGCGAUCUUCACGCUUCUCGGGAAAAGGCUCGCCAUGAGCUCUCGAAAGAGCAACUACUGCUAGCCAUCGACUCUAGCACAGAGAUCACCGCGCAGAAGGUUUGCACAUAUCUCAUGCGUCAUUUGCAGGCGAAUCCAGAUUUCAACGUGAAGACUGGUGGCCUCGCUUCGAAUACCAAUACUCCUCCCCUGCUGACUGUAGGAGAAACCUCUCCCCCGAGGCCGUCCACUACGAUCGGUAACAGCAUCACCAUCAAAACCUUAUUGAGAACGCUUGAUAUCGACCUCAAGACCGUUCAAGACGACACAGAUUACUGUCUAGCGUUGGGCUUUACUCAAAGCGAAGACUUUCGCAAUCGAGCAUUGUGGGUGCUACAAUCAUCCGAGUUUGGUGAUUUCGUGGAGAGUGCGGACGAGUCGAAGUUGCUGCUAGUAAAUGGUAACAACGACGCCGCGCAGUUCAUUUCACCGCUCUCGCACGUGUGUGCCAAAGUCACGGACCUGCUGAGUGUGUCGGACGAGAUCUUCUGUCUCAACUAUUUCUGCAGUCGUCACACAGAUCAAUGGCGUGAGCCACGAGCUGACGCGACGGGACUCAUUGCAAGUUUGACGGUUCAGCUCUUGACUCAGGUCAAAAGACGAAAGAAAGCCCAGAGCCUCGAUUUAGACCUGUCGUUCUUGUCUUUUGAAGAUCAUUGUGCUGUGCAGGCUGGCGACAUAGAGGCGACAUUCGAUGUCUUCCAGGCCGUCGCGAAGCAGCUUCCCAAAGAUACCGUUGUCUUCUGCUUCAUUGAUGGUCUUUCGGCCUACGAGAACUCCGAUCGCAGAGAGAACACCAACAGGCUGAUGAAAAUGAUACUCAAGUUGAUGAAGAGAUGCAGGAGCGUGGUCUUCAGAUGUAUGGUGACUUUCCCCGGAAGAGGUAGUUUCACCGAUGCUUGGAACGUGAAAUCGAUCGGAGGAAAGGCAGAAACGCUGGAGGUUCUCAUUGAUGGCUUGUAA